UCUGCAGGCAGUUAUGAUCACAGGAAGGCUGUGAGAACAUUUUGUAACCACGAGGUGUGUAGUCGGCAUUUUCCCUCCAGCUCCACGGAACCAGAAACAGUAGGGUGCGGGCCCUUUAAGAGACGAAGGGGCGGUGCCAUAAACCCCGCCCCAACCCCGGGAACGGGACGGCGUCCGUGUUGCACUGCGCGUGCGCUGCCUGCACGCGGUUCCGGGUUCGCGGAUCCGUCUCGGCUGGUUUAGGAAGCUACUUUUGUCUCCCUCCAGUUCCCAGAUCGCCCGCCUUGUCACAUAAGGGGUGUCCGGGGGUAGAGGGGCUGGCCCCUGGGUCAAGUUGGGAGUGGCAGCGCCAGGCUUCGAACUGGCGCUCCGCGCUGGGCGAGGCAUCGUGGAACGGAGAUGACCCAGUCUUUAGUUUGUCCCGAGACCGUGAGCAGAGUCAGUUCUGUGCUUAAUCGCAACAGCCGGCAGUUUGGGAAGAAACAUCUCUUUGACCAGGAUGAAGAGACGUGCUGGAACUCUGACCAGGGCCCCUCCCAGUGGGUGUCACUCGAGUUUCCCCAGUGUGUUCAGAUCACACAGCUGCAGGUGCAGUUUCAGGGUGGCUUCUCCAGUCGCCACAGCCGCCUGGAAGGUUCCCGGGGCGGGGCGGCCCUCGGCAAGAUUGUAGACUUGUACCCGGAGAACACCAACGCCCUUCAGACCUUCUCCAUCCCCACCACGGAAGUGGACCGGCUGAAGCUGACUUUUGAGGACACCACCGACUUUUUUGGCCGUGUAGUUAUCUACCACCUGCGAGUGCUGGGUGAGAAGGCAGGGUGACAAGUGUCGGCCGUGUCCUCCAGGAAGCCCGCCUGGGAGGCACCCAGAGGCCCUUCAAGUUCUGCACAGAUUUAUUGGUUCCGGUUGCGGAGGGCCCAUCCCACCACUGUCCAGGAGCUGCCUUUCAAGCCAGUUGUGGGCUGACUGGUUUGUCCCUGAGAGCCUGGGUUCCCAACAGGCUGUCUUCACUCGGGGUCCGCAGGCCCCAGGGUACUCUGGAACAGUUUGAGGAUGUGGCUCUCCAUCACCUGUUGCACUGUGGGAGGAGGUGGGAGGAGGUGUGAGCCGGGGUGAGGAGACUGAAGAAGAUGCUCAGAUGGCCUCAGAUGUAAGAAAGAGGCCAUGAGCAAGGAAACCGUUCAGCCGAGUGCUUUUCUGCUCUUGCUGGGCCCUUCCCUACCUUGAGGUUGCUUUAAGGCAAGGUUUGCCUGUCUCCCCUCCACUCGCUGCAUCCCAGCCACCCUCCGAAUGGUAGCUUUCCCUGCCUCCAGAACCAUGAGUCCAAAUAAAACUUUAAAAGAAAAAUCA